CUUUCUCUUAGUUUCACUUCCGCUGGGCGGCGCUCCUCUCCGCUUCCUCACUUUGAUCUUUCAACUCUCCUCUUUCAAGGAGCUGUUGGGGGGUCGUACCACAGUUGUAUAUUUAUUGGUGGACAUUUUGAUCUUUGGUUGUGGUGGUCUGGGGCUCUUAGUUGUUUGGUUCUUAGCUUCAUUCCUCUUCUUGUAGGGCUUUUGUGCAUUAUAUGUAUGCUUUUUUGUAAGAGUGAAAUCCAAACUAAAGAGCAUGCAGAAGGAUAACACUAGCACCCCAUUAACACCAACUGGUCGGGUUCGACAUCGAAGACGUUCAAAUGAGGUUGUUCCAGAUGUUAGUAUAGCCAAUGGAGGCAAUUUACUUGUUGAUGAUAGUAACAAGUACAGGUCUAUGUGGAUACGGGCAUGCUCUUCUGUUUGGAUGAUUGGGGGAUUUGCAUUCAUUAUAUAUAUGGGUCAUCUCUGUAUUACUGCUAUGAUAGUUGUUAUCCAAAUCUUUAUGGCGAAAGAGCUGUUCAACCUACUAAGGCGAGACCAUGAAGAGAGGCAUCUCCCAGGAUUUAGGCUGUUAAAUUGGCUCUUCUUCUUCACUACCAUGUUAUUUGUAUAUGGUCGCAUUCUCAGUCAACGACUUUUUAAUACUAUAACUUUGGACAACUUUCUCCAUCAGUUUGUUAGCAGCCUUAUCAAGUAUCAUAUGGUUAUCUGCUACACCUUAUAUAUCGCAGGUUUUGUGUGGUUCAUCAUUACAUUGAAGAAGAAGAGGAUGUACAAAUAUCAAUUUGGUCAGUAUGCAUGGACACACAUGAUCAUGAUUAUUGUGUUUACGCAGUCCUCUUUCACAGUAGCCAACAUUUUCGAAGGAAUUAUCUGGUUUCUUCUUCCAGCAACACUUAUAGUUAUCAACGACAUUGCUGCAUAUUUCUUUGGGUUCUUUUUUGGAAGAACCCCAUUGAUCAAAUUAUCUCCAAAAAAAACUUGGGAAGGAUUCAUUGAUGCUUCUGUUACAACUGUCAUAUCUGCAUUUUUGAAUUUGAACCACAAAAAUAUUGUGAAAUAUCUUGGAUCCUUAAAGACUAAGAGUCACCUCCACAUAAUUCUUGAGUAA